CCCAGGUACCCCCAAACCUUUUCAUUUGACCACGUCUCGUGUUAUUGAUUUUAAAAGUGUUUCCUCGAACCCUUACUGACCCUAGUGUUGUGUCCCGAACGACUCCACUGAAUCAACUAAGAUUAUUGGCUCUAAGUAAGAAAUACUUUAAUAAUAAACAUUUAUUGAAUAAUAAAUAUUGAUUCUCGGAGCCGUGUCUGUGAUCAAGUUGCAAAAAACUCUUAUUAUUCGUCGUAAUUUAAUGUCUUCGGAACAUUUGUGAACUCGUGUGUUUUUCCACGGAUUUGUGAUUUCAAAUUUUUAGUAUUUGAGCGUAAAUUCGUCCCUAAGCUUCGAGACUGUUUUUCUGCGACCGGUUUCUCCAUAAAUUGUUUACCCUUCGAUUACAAUCAAUUUGGUGCUUCUCUGCGUUUUCUUCGGAUUCCACCGGCAAUGAAAGAAAACGAACGGCGGGAGAGCAGCGGGGAGGAGGGGGCAGGACGCUGCAGGAGUCCUGAAGAAGGGAGCGCGGAGGACUCAAGUCCCAUGGCUGAGCAGGCGCCUCUGCAGUACAAGGCUAGACGCAGGAAUGGCGUCAGCAACGAGAGCAUCAAGGACGACGACGCCACGUCUUAUGUCAAAAAGGUCGUGCCCAAGGACUACAAAACAAUGGAGGCACUCAAGAAAGCCAUACAGAAGAACGUGCUCUUCUCGCACCUCGACGAAAACGAACAGUCGGACAUUUUUGACGCGAUGUUCCCCGUCACAGCCAUAGCUGGAGAAGUCAUCAUCCAACAGGGCGACCAGGGCGACAACUUCUACAUCAUCGAUACUGGCGAAGUCGACAUCUACGUCAACGACGAACUGGUGUGCAACAUCAACGACGGCGGCAGUUUUGGUGAGCUGGCUCUGAUCUACGGCACACCUCGCCAGGCUACCGUUAAGGCUAGGACCGACGUCAAACUUUGGGGCAUCGACAGGGACAGCUACAGACGCAUUCUUAUGGGCAGUACCAUCCGCAAGAGAGAGAUGUACGACCAGUUCCUGUCUAAGGUCUCGAUACUGGAUUCUCUUGAUCAAUGGGAAAGGCUUGUGAUUGCUGACGCUCUCGAGUCCGUCUCUUUCUCUGACAAAGAAGCCGUCGUGAAGCAAGGAGAACCCGGUGAUGAUUUCUUCAUCAUCGUGGAAGGCACUGCCGUGGUCUUGCAGGCGCGGUCACCACAACACGAGCCUGUAGAAGUUGGGCGCCUCAAACCCAGCGACUACUUCGGCGAGAUCGCCCUGCUGCUCGACAGACCGCGCGCCGCUACCGUCGUCGCUGACGGGCCUCUCAAGUGCGUCAAGCUCGACAGGGCCAGAUUUGAACGUGUGCUUGGAAGCUGUUCGGAUAUUUUGAAGCGCAACAUCGAGCAGUACAACUCCUUCAUCGCACUCACCGUGUAAAAACUAAAACUAUGUAGAAUGCUGGAUUAUUUUGCAAUCUCCUCUGCCGCCAAAGUUUUGGCUCAGUUACUAUCUGCUGUGAUGUUCGUCGUGGUCUCAGUGGGGAUUUAAAUAAUGUGUGAACUGAAGAUUUUACACUACGCUCACUAACCUCUGGCUCAGAUGAGUUGUCAUAAAAUUUGAGAUGCUUCUGAGCUCUUAAAUUUUUUGUGUACUUCAAGAGUCAAGUUGUAUGAUUGUAGUGCAAUAUUUUCACGCUAACUGUAAAAAUGUAUUGCAUUGAGAUAUCAGUGUGGUGUUUGAACUAAAGUUAUUACAUGCCAGCGGAUUCACCCGGAUUCAUAUUCAAAUUCUGCUCACUAUAUAUAGAGUUCCAUUAUAUCGAUGAACUGCGGCUGAAUCGCUCAUUGAACAAAAUUUGUGUACGUUUCGAAUCUGUUUCUCCAUGUAAUUUUUCCGGAUGUAACGACAAAAUUGAUUGAUCACUUAAUCAGUUAUUAUGCAUUGUUGCUUGGUUUAUUCAAAUUUCAGCUCGAGACGUAAAGUACGUGGUUGAAUCCGUAUUUUCUGUUCUAUUUUAGAUUUGGGCUUCAUGGUAAUUUAAAAAAUGCAUAAUGGGAGCAGGACAUAUUUUUAGGAAAUGAUACAAGAAUGGUGAUAAUGUCGCGUUUGUCGAAUACAUUUUUUUGACAUUAUCACUAUUUGACGGUGCGAUGAGUAGACUGUGUGCAGGAUUGCGUAUUACUACGUUAAGCAUUAGCCCUGCAUGCUAGUGUUCUUAGUCUCAGUUUCUUUCUGCAUUAACUAGUAUAUCUCUGUCUGUUGGAGUGGAAUUUGAAAUUGGUUGACCGUGUCUAUUGCUUCUUCGUUUUUUUCGAUUUUUUUACUAGUACGGGGAGACUCGUAGUAGUGUCUUGCUUUUGGCUUGUAUGAGGCAAAGAUUAUCUAUGGGAAAAGUAGUAGUUCACGGUGAACCCAAUAUCUGCUCUAAACACUAGAUGUGGAGCAAGUCAAUAUUCGCGUGUAGAUUUUUGUUCAUUCAGGAUAAAAAUAUAUUUAUUCUAAGAGGAAAUAAGUGAACUUAUGGCCUAUUUCUGCUGAUUUGUACAGCAGUGUAGCUUCGAAGGUGAUAUUAUUUUGUUAAUUCAAGAGUAUCUGAGCGUGUUGCUGAACAGACAUGGAAGUUGGGCUUCAUUUUGGUACCAUUACAUCCACUCUUUUCAUUGUUUGUCUAGCUGUCUUGCCUGCACGUUCCUCCCUCCAAGAAGUUCCUGAAGCAAACUUUCUUUAAAACAAUCGAUGCUGGUCUGAAGUUGCACUGAAUUAUAACUUAGAGCAGUAAAUUCACGUCUGCUCCUGCUGCGUUUCGGUGCUGGACUGUCAAAAGCUUAGAGAUUACUUUGACUGUAUAUAUUAUUUCUUACCUAAAACUAACGCUAGGUAGAAAGCACAAAUACGAUGCGUUUGUUAUCUCUUAUUUUAAUGCUAGUCUUAUUUUUCUUUUCACCCCACACGUGCUGUAUUACUCUUUAGCUUUCCUCUUGUGUUAAUUUUUAAAGAGCCCUUCUUUAAUAAAGCUGUUGAAAUAUUCCUAUAGUUCCAUAAGCUUCGGAGUUGUUAAUCUGCCUAGUUAUUUUUAUCCAGGAUGAAAUGUUCUUUAAUUUGAAUUUCUUCAAUAACGAUAUCUUUUCACUGUUGAAGUGAUUCAUAGCAUCGUAUAUCUCGUUAUAUUGUGUUGAUAUCUCUUCUUUAAGAAGGACUAUAUUUAUUCAAAUCAAUUUCUUCCUCUUCAUUUGCCGCCUCUUCAAUUUUGUACUUGGCAAAAAAAAAGUAAAAUUAAAAGAUGCUUUUUUCAUGUUGACAAUCGUUAAAAUAUUAUUUAAUUCAUUUGAAGUUGCUAUAACAACUUGAAAAUGCUGGUCUUCCGAUGAUUCAUUUUGGAUCCAAGCUUCGUUUUUAAUUUGUAUUUUACACACCAUUUUCAUUUUAGUCCUAUGUACUGGAAGUUUUGCUAUUUUUCUUUUGUCAAGACCCCUUUAGUGAACUAGUGUUCGCUUUCAUUUUAGUUUCUUUGACUCUAAGCGUAAUGUUUGUAUGCUGCUGAAGAGUGCAUCUCUUUACCUGUCCUGUGAAGGGGAACUUUCAUGUUAAAUCGUUAAUAACAGACUCUGUUUUCAAUCUUGUCAGCUGAAAAAACGUUGAGCGUAGUCAUUUUCUGAGUCGAGUCUCGUUUCCUUGGCAGAGAUAAAUACCCAAUAAUUUUGACGUAGGUAAGUCUUCAACAAUUUUUCCACACUCAUUUAUUAUUCCACGGUUUUUCACUGAAAUGUCAAUUGUUGAUUAAAUUUUCCGAUGCUGAGUGUUUACCUGAAUAAAAUAACUCCAAGAGUAUCGUAAUUUACAUUCAUUACAUUGUUUAACAGAAUUUGUACAUCUUUUUGACUAAUGCGCAUCCGUUAGAGUUUCUUUGAGUACUAGCUUUAGACCUGUUAUUAUGUUGUCUUUCGAUCUGUGUGUGUUAAUGAACUAGUUCUGUGUUAAGUCAUGUUGUGAGAUAAUCAUACUUAUGAUGCAUUGCACCCGACGAGAUGAGGCAAAUAUUCUCCGCUUUGCUUUGCAUCGUUUGCUGCCAAAAUCGUUGCACGCUUCAAAUCAUCUCUGGUGGUCACCUAUACGGGCUGUCAAUAUAAGCCUCAUAAUUUCAUGUCCAGUUGAGUGAAUAACUGAUUUCAGAGCUUUAGCUUGAGUUAUUGAGAUGAAAAUUUCUCCUAUUUUUAUCAUGCUUAAUUAUCUAAAAUGUCUUUGAGCAUAAAACUUGAUCAUACCAUUUUUAAAAUCCAUGUGUACCUCGGUCAUCAGGUCAAGCAUUGAUACUUCUGAUCGCUAUCAUUUAACGUAAUCUUCUGGCUGAGUUUCAAUUUUUCUAAGCCAACGUCACACUUGUAAAUCUGUUGCACUCAAUCAAUUAAUUGUCCCCUUCAGUGUUUGUCUAAUUCGAUAAUAAUUAGCUUCCUAUAUGGUGUCCCUGCUGGCCGGGGACGUUUAUUGUCACCCUUUUUCUCUACGUCGUUGUUGCUAGCGAAAUAAAUUCUCAAGUUCAUCUAAAUAUUUGAGACGCCUCGUCUAUUGCAGUGGUUCCCAAACCAUCCACCUUGUUGGCAAGUUAACACUUGACCUUAAGUUAAAUUUGGUACGUUUAAUAAUAAACCUCGUGUCAAGUAAGCAAAAUAAUCAAGUUAUCCAAUUCCAGAAAUAUUGUCAAUUCAAGAUACCAAGCUAAGAUUAAAGUGCUUCUAAAUUAUAACAUUGAAUAGAUGCGCACCUAGCAACCACUCCGAAAAAAAAUGACCGCGCUAACCAUCGGACAUAACAUGCCCUACGUUUGGGAACCACUGAUCAAUUGUUCUGCGUACGUAGGAUUCUAGUGAUUGUAAACGCAUGAUUGUCAUUGUUUUCCUUUUCUGACGGUGAAUUAAAAGGAUCUUUCCGUAUGGCUUACAUUUUGUGUUCGUCUGUGCAAUGGUUGAGGGUGUCAAUGUAACCCACCGUGCCGAGAGUCCCGUAUUUCAAUGUGUAUCUCCAUAUAUAAUUCUGCAAGGUAAACACGACCGUCAGUGAAUCAACAUCGGAUAAAAAUAUCGCGUGAUUUCGACCAGUAUUUAGAACAUGUAUUCUAUUGCUCCACGAACAUAUUUUCAUCUUCGUGUACUCAGUGUUAAUUAUACAAAUAUUUAGCAUUGAAUGUCUUCAUCGUGUGUACCGCAUGAUAUAUAUUUGAACAGAUGUAUGUCACCGGCUGCACUAGAUUGAAUAUUCCACUAUCCUGGCAGUGUCACUCAAGUCGUCGGUAUAUUUCGGGGCAUCUUAUCAGGAAACCAAAGGAAAAAGUAUCACGCGUUUCCAGCGUAAAUUUAACGAUGACAAAAAAUUCGUAAGCUGCAUAGUUGAUCUGUAUUACCAACACCGAUGCCUCAUCCAUUAAUAUUCAUGUCUCAAUAUAAUCAACCUUCAUUUAAUCUGUAUUUAUCUUGAUGCCUCGUCUAUUCAUUGCGUAACCUAAUUAACCCCAUUUAAUGGAGCUAUUAAUCGAUCUGGAGCUGAAGUGAACUUAUAUAAUUAAUAUGUAUGAAUAAAAUUGAAGCACUAGGACAUGUUAGUGUCAUCUAUUCAUCCUGUUCAUUAGCCUAUCGUACUAUGUAGACUAUAGAAGGCGUGAAUUUAAUAUUGAAUGCUUCUGUGCGGA